AUGUCAUCCUCUCAGAUAGAUUACAUUUGGUCUUCAGUUGAUGUCAUCUCAAACUUCAUAGGUUGUAAAACAGUUCAGCUUGCAUCUACUCUAACUGAUCACUCUAUCGUCAUCCUUUAUAUUGAAAACUCCUUAAAUGUUAAAAAUAAUAAGAAAAAUGUUCCUUUGAAAAAGGUCUAUAACUAUGACAAAAUGACUGAAGAUAAUUGUACUCCAUUAUCUGUGUUCCACUCUAAUUACUUUUACAACCUCAUGGAUCUGCAUCAUCGUCUUCUCACUGCACAUAGUAAAAUACUACAUUUCUCUCUUAAUGAUUGCAAUUUACUUGAAGAGUCCACAAGAUUGCGUAUUAGACAACUUCAGCAAAAAGAAUGGCUACAUAUUUCUCCUUUGAUCGUAUGA